UGAUUGCUAUUUAUCCAGAGGAAAGUAACUGUAAACAAACGUUUUAUUUUUGCUUUCUAUUCACAAUAGAUUCAGGUUUUAAUGAAUCUUUAUCUAUUUAUUUCUGUUCAUACUGUUCAAUCUGCAUUUAAUUGUAUCAAUUCAAUUAUUGUAAUGUAUUUACCAAUGGGAUUGGUUACUAAAUGAAUUUUGUGAAGCUUUUCCACUGGAAACAACCUAAUCUUGCACUUUUGUCUAUUUCUAUUUCUCUGUUUACCUUGUUUCUUAAUUAAUUUAGUUUAAAUUGCGAUUCAAAAUGAUGAAUAUUGAUAGUCGUAGUGUUGAACGUUAUUCCCACUGCUUGUGUCUUCAUGUUCAACCAACCUCGCUCAUUAUUGGUUUCAUUCAUUUGAUUUCAUCUCUUUUGAACAUCGUUCUUCACUUCGAGGAUUACACGCAAUACCACGAUGAAGAGAAACGUAUGGUUGAUCUUCAUCGAUCAACAACAACCUCCUUAAACAUGAUGGUUAGCCUGAUGAUGGCCACUGUAUCGGCCUUGUUAAUCUAUGGAGUAACCAAAUCACGUCCAUCUUACUUGAUGCCCUUCUUUGGAAUCAAAUUAUACAUCUUUUUUUUCUCGCUUCCGGCAUCUAUUUCAAUGCUCUGUUUUUCACCUCACCUUUCAUCUCAAUACGAUUCCAAUGGACGAACCUGGGGAGGGGAAAUGAAGCGUCUCUGGUCUUCAUCUGAUCUCACCACUGCAUACACUUCCUCCGUUUUCAUGGCACUCAUUGAAUUCCUCUAUCAAUCCUAUUUCAUAUGUGUUAUUUGGAAAUGUUAUCGUUAUUUAAAGCUUAAAGAAUCGGUCAUUCCCUUACACAUACCUUACCAUCUUAGAGGAGUUGAGAUAACAGUUCCCUCUGAGAUUGCCACAACACCUAGUACUAUGGCUCCACCCGACUAUGAGACAGCAACAAAAUUGAAUCCACCGCCUGAUUAUGAAUCAGCUUUAAAAAAUUAUCAAGGGAUACCUGCUCCUGACCAGGUCACUGUAACUGAACCAGUCGAAUCAUGCAGGGAGAAUCCAGACAGCAAUGAUAAUAUUAAUGUCGCUGAACUACCUCGAUCCGGAUCAUGGUGUGUAAGUGAUGAAUCCAAGGCCUCGGGAAAGAGCGAUGAAAAGAGCACAACAAGCGAUGCUAGUCAUAUUAACGAUUCAAGUUCCCAUAACAAUAGUCACUGUGAUACAGCCAACAAAACGGAUCAAAAUAACAGCUAAAUUUGACGAGAUGAUCUUGGUCCUAACGAAAGUUAAUUUAAUCACGCUAAUUACUUGUUCACAGGAAUCGAGUCUUCUUCCCACCUAAUUCAUCAUCGUCAUUUUCAUCAUCCCAUUCACUUGAAUUCAUCUUCCUUAGUUUUUCUACUUAGCUUUUUCCUCUUGAUUAGAGGAUAAAUUACUGACAAGAGGAAUCAACUAAACGAGAGUUUCCUUUAAUCAUUCAAUGAAACUCGAAAGUUUCAUCCUCUUGCGAUUUUAAGAGCACAUUUCAGCACACAAUUGUUUUCUGCCGAUUUAUUCAAGUAGAGUUCAAACUUUUAUCAUCACUCCUCCAUAAAAGGGAAGGAUAAAGAUGACAAACCUAAAAUCUAGUUUAUGCCGUUUCUACUUUAGUUAGAGACGAUUUUAUUCAAGCUAUUAUUCAGAAGAAACUGGAAAAAAAUUGUUGAUUAUAAUUAUAACAGAAUUAUCUAAAUCAUUAUCAUGUACAGAAAAAUGUAUAAGUUUUAUGCUAAAUGAAUUAUUUGUGAAAGAAAUUUCAUCAACUUUUAUUCUGAAAGGCAAAAUUGUUUCUUUAUUUAAUUCAGAUGAAAAUUGAAAGCUAAUUUACCUAUUAUUAUAAUUGUGUAUAUUUUUUUAUUCAUCACUAUUCAAAGGUUUAUCGUGUUUCAACAUAAAAACUCAACAAACAUUUUUAAUUGUUCUAGUCUAUCGAUUCUAGUUUACCAAUGACAAUAUCAAUAUUAACGAUGCUUUUAUGUAUUAUAAAUAAAGAUGAUCACUGAAUUAAAAUUAAA